AUGCUUCCCACAUCCACCUUCAUCGUCAUCUUGACGUCCAUCGCCCACCUCACCCUCUCCGUCCCCGUCCUGGCUUGUAACAAAACCCUCCUCCUCGCCGCCUCAGACGCCUACAUCGCUUCUCAAACAUCCGGAUCCCUCACAUCCCUCCAACCAUACCUCUCCACCAACUGGAGCUACAUCGAAAACAACAAAGCCACCGACCCGAACAAAAGCGUCCUCAGCAAAGCCCUGAAAAUCGAUCACCGCCGCACCAACACCGACCUAGUAGCCUGUGCGACCUAUAAUGAGAUAAUCAUCACCGAUUCCUCAAAUCCAUAUGUGAUUGGCACACAACUCAGACAUGAUGAUGCAGAGGGCAAGAUCACCCUGAUCGACUCGAUUGCUUCGACCACAAAUUCGUGGCUCUUCGAUGCGAAGAAGACAUUACAGUAUGUAUGGCAAGAGAAAUGGGAUGUUAUCCCCGAGGGCAAAAGGGAUAGCCGGGCGGUGAUCCAGGCUGCUGGAGAUGCAUAUAUGGAUAUGUGGAAUGAUGCCAGUGCGCCUGGGAAAGUUCCGUGGGGUACACCGUGUGUAAGGCUGGAGGGAAGUGCCUACACAGGGACUGGAAAGCCGGAUGAUUCAUGCAAGCCUGGUAUCCCAUCGAAUCAUAGCCAGCCUGGAAACACACAUAGGAGGUAUGUAAUUGAUGAGUCGAUGGGGUCGGCUGGAAGAGGGAAAGUUGACAUAUGUGCAUACGAUGACUGUUUGUGGUGGAAAACCUUGUAA